UCAAAUUUCUUUUAAGUCCCUCCGGUUCGCUGCUGAUUAAUUUAGGAGGCAAAAUUAAAGUUGAAACCUAAACUGAUAACUACAGAGUCACUGCUUGCUUGAGUUCACUCUGUCACUGUAACCUAUUCAGGAGAAGAACACUAUGGAAAGCCGUUUCGCCAAAAAGUUUAAUAACAAUCCGAAAAUCGAUAUAAUGAGUAACUUGCCGAGUAACAUCAUAGAUAAUAUUCUAAUUCGUCUGCCGAUUCAUCAAGCAGUGCAGACUUGUAUCUUGUCCAGGACAUGGAGGUUCAAUUGGAGAUAUCUUUCAAAGUUGGUAUUUGAUAAAACUUUUUAUGAAAGAUCAGUACUGUCUUCUUCUGUAAAUCCUAACAUUAGUAACCUCUUUUUUAAUAUCUAUAAAGUUCUAUUACUUCACCAUGGACCCAUAUUGAGUUUUACUCUUUAUGUUCCAUUGUCACAUCAAAAUCCUGAGAUUGACCAGUUGAUGGUUUAUCUGAGCGAGAAAGAUAUUCAGGAAAUUUUCUUCGAGAUUGAAGGAAAGGUGUCAACCAGUAGAUUGCCACCAUCAUAUAUGUUCUCAUGUGUGACAUUAAGGCGCUUGACCUUGUCCUCAUGUAGUUUCAAAGUUCCAUUGGCAUUUCAAGGAUUUGUUAAGUUGACAUCUCUUACGUUUGAUUCAGUUUAUUUUGUUGCCACUGAAUUUGAAACUUUCAUCCCCAAAUGCCCAUUACUUGAAAGUCUUUCUGUGAUACGCUGUAGGAAUAUCAUUGACGUCGAUAUUGACCUUCCUUAUCUUAAGUUCUUUCACUUGAAUAGUAGUUUUAAGACUAUUUCUGUUAGAAAAACUAGUCAGCAUCUUUCAACAGUUAUAUUGGACGGAUGCUAUUUGCGGCGAGAGACCUCUGAACCAACCAAAUUCUUUGCAUGUCUGCCUCUCGUCCUCGAGCACUUGCGCCUCGGAAGUCGCUUUCUGAAUUACCUGCUUCUUGGAACAAUGCCGAGGAAACUUUCAGCUACUCUUGACUGUCUUAAAAUUCUUGAACUGCCUAGUAUCCAAUUUCGGCGUACGGCUGAGGUCUCUAUUGUUCUUUGCUUGAUUAUGAGCUCCCCCAACCUGCAGAAGCUUGAGAUUGGGUCUCUUGCAACCUGGGACGAAAUAACGCCUCUUGCUCCGGAACUCUUCAAAGUACAAGACCUCUCAGAUAAUGCAUUGAAAAAGCUUCAAGUGGUGAAGAUGAAUCUGUCAAAGAAAAAAGGAGUAAGACCUGAACUGGAAUUUAUAAAGUUUCUUUUGGCUGAAGCAGAAGUACUAGAAAAUAUGUUUAUACAACCUGCCAAAGGAACAGUUGCUGAGCAAGGACUUAAGAUUUUGAAAAAGGUAAUUCUAUUUCAACGUUCAUCAAAGAAAGUAGAAAUUGUUUACUUAGAUCCUCAGGACGAUGGUAAAGAUAGUAAUGAUGGCAGUGACUAUAGUGAUGAUAGUGAAGAUUAUUAGGAUGUUGAUCACAUGAUUAGGCCUGAAAAUCAAAUCUUUUUUCUGUCUUGGCAAAAACAUGUACACUGCCAUUUUACCUCUUAUUUGUAAUCUUUUAUGCAGUCGGGUGGAAUUAAUCGUAAUAUACUUUUUGAUCA